AUGGAUGAAAACAGCAAUAAUUACACUCUGCAAAAAGAUUUCCAUAUCAUCGCAUUUUCCAGAAAUCCAGGCAAACCAGCUAUUCUUUUUAUCUUGGUUUUAUUUAUGUACUUAGUGUCUGCAUUUGGAAAUAUGCUUAUUAUAGAACUUGUAUGUCUGUCUCCCAAGCUACACACUCCCAUGUACUUCUUCCUCUGUAAUCUGUCAUUGCAGGACAUAGUUUAUAUUUCCUCCAUCCUACCAAAGCUUCUGGCCAUCACAAUAACAGGUGACACCAGUAUAUCAUUCCCAGGAUGCCUCAUACAGAUAUUUAUGUUUAUAUUUUGCCUUGAUACUGAGUUUUUCCUUCUGACCUCCAUGGCUUAUGACCGUUAUCUGGCCAUUUGUAAACCACUUCAGUAUUCGCUCAUUAUGAACAACAGGUUGUGCUUCCUGUUGAUUAUUUCUUGUUGGAUUGCUGGUGCUCUAAAUGGCCAGAUGUUCUCAUUGCUAAUUUCUAAAUUAUCAUUCUGUAAAUCUCUGGAAAUUAACCACUUUUUCUGUGAACUUAAAACAGUGUUGAACCUUUCAUGUAAUGACAUAACAUACAUUAUUACUAUGAUAUUCAUUGAAGGAUUAUGCAUUGGUGUUUUUCCCUUUAUCUUUAUUCUGACCACCUAUAUUUUCAUCAUCUCUACUAUCCUGAAGAUUAAUACUUCAGCAGGAAGACUUAAGACCUUCUCCAGCUGUUCCUCUCACUUAGUUAUUGUUAUAUUACUCUAUGGAACAUCCCUUGGGUUUUACAUGAGAACAGACUCUGAACAGUCAAAUGAACAAGAUAAACUUCUUUCCCUGUUAUACACAGCUGUGGUUCCAAUGUUAAAUCCAUUGGUGUACAGUUUGAGGAAUAGAGAGGUUAUAAAAGCAAUGAAAAAAUUAGUGAAAAUUACUUUAUGA